GCUGUGAAUCCACCUGUCCUCACGAACACACACACACACCUGGAGAGAGUAGAUGUGACCCCUCAGCUUUUAUGAGUGCAGGUGGAUCUGAAGCAGGACGUCAACAUGCGAAGCUGAAACACUUCAUUUAAUCAGACAUGAGAAAUUUACUGACCCAGGAACAGCUGAGCAGAUCGACACGUUAACAGUCAGACAGAUGACGACACCUUCUCCACUUCCAAUCCCGAAGCCUCGAUCUCGAUACAUGACGGACAGUCUGAGCUCCGCCUCCUCUUUGGACAGAAAUGUGAUUGGUGAAAAUGUGAAUCCAGCUCUCUCUGAUGGAGUUCACCUGAACACAGGUGAAGAUGCUCCUCCUCUUCUUCCUCGCAGUGAGGCGGACAAUGCUGUCAUGAUCCCGACUCUGGCCAGCGUUACUGACAUCAUCACCACCAACAUCCCAUCGUUGGCUGGAGUCACCGCCUCCAUCGGUGGCUCGGCCCCUACUACAUCUACGUCGCCGGCUCCAUCAGCGCCCCCCUCAAUAGACAGCUUGGCUGACAGCAUUGCAGCUCACCUGCCUACCUUGGCAGGUGCUGCUAGCACUGUGACUAACUCAGCUACUGCUACCACCUCUGCCUCCGCCACCACACCUGCACCUGCUGCUAACGCAGAUGCUGCUACCUUAAACAGCAUUGUUAGCUCGUUAGCUAACAUACCCAGUUUAGCAGGCAUUGUUGGCAGUGUAACCUCCAUGACGACCCCAGCCACCCCGCCAGCCCCGCCCCCCUCAUUGCAGAGGAUGGGAGACACUCACACAGACGUUGGAGCGUUGUCACAGCUGGUGAUGUCAGCAUUAGACCAGAAUGCAGGAGUAACACUACCUCCACUCGAAGAUGCUGCCGAGCCAACUGCCGAAGUUUUAAGCCCGUCUCCUCACACCAUCAAAGGAGAGAACCCGUAUGGCACGGUGUUGGCUUCUUGGGCAAGUCAAGAGGAAGCUGACACUGACUCAUCCAAUGAGGAGGAAGACACAGACGUUAGCCCUGCCCCCCCUGGUGUCAAUGGACCAAUGGAAGCAGGUCUUGUUUCUAACCUGUCUUCCAAUACCGAUAACCUCCCGUCGAAUCCUUCAGGUCGUCCAAUCCCCACCCGGCCAGCCCCGCCCCCUCCUCCUCCUCCUGGCCACUCAGGAAAGCCUUUGAAACAGAAGACUCCGAGAGCGGCUACUAUUCGAGUGUCCAGGAAGAAGGGGGGCAGUGGGAGUUCAGCUCCACAGAGCGCCAUGGUCCGAUCCAGCUGGCUGGACGUCUGGAAGGGCUUCAGACACAAUGUUUUAUGGGCGACAUUGGACGGACAGCUGAUGUCUCUGUGGAAAAAGCGCACAGACCGGUUCAGUGAGGUGCUGUUUCAUGUCUCCAGUAUCACCAACGUGAAGAAACAGGACAAAAGAAGAUUCUCUGUUUACUUCAGGAAGAAACAUUAUGACUUCAUGGCUCUUAAUGAUGAGGUUCACGAUGGUUGGGUCACGUCUCUGCUGGCAUCUCGAGGCCAGCCGAGCCCCACCCCCCCAGAACUCCACGGACAAAUCACCAUCAAGGAGCCGCGGAGCCGUGCCUAUGCUGCCGUCUGGGGUCACGACCUGUGGAUUUAUCCCAACAAGGAGGGCUUCCAGCUGGGCAUCGCCUCCUUCUCUGUCCCCCUGAAUGUGGCCACGGUCAAAUCUACAGGAAAACACUCGUUUUCCCUCGUCACCCCAUACAAGACCUUCAACCUGUCUGUUGAUUCGUCAAAGGAUCUGUCUGUCUGGUUGGACAGCCUGUCCUCAUCUAUUCGCAGUGCUCUGUCCUGCAGCCAGGUGGCGCUGCGUCUGUGGGAAAACCCUGACAAUAAAGUGUGUGGCGACUGUGGCUCGGCAAACCCUGAGUGGGCAUCAGUCAACCUGCUGGUGGUCGUCUGUCAGGCCUGUGCAGGUCAGCAUCGAGCUCUCGGUAGCAGCCUGUCAAAGGUACGCAGUCUGAAGAUGGACAACAAGGUCUGGACUGAACCACUGAUACAGCUGUUUGUGACCUACGGGAACCGGCUGGCCAAUCAGGUGUGGGCUCCAGCAGUACCAGCAGGCCAGCAGCUGCGUCCGGAGUCUUCUGAUGAGGAGAGGUCGACGUUCAUCCAGGACAAAUACAGCAGGGGGCGCUACAGACGAGUCCACGCUCUGGCCUCCUCACGCUCUCUGAUGGAUCAGAGGCUGCGUCAGGUGGUUUGUGGAGGCGACGUAGAAGAAACGAUGUCUCUGAUCUGCUCGGGAGCAAAGGUGUGUCAGUCAGACCCUCAGAGCCCCUCCCCCAUACUGCUGGCUGAGAGGGCAGGUCAGGCUCUACAGACCGAGCUGCUUCGAGCCAACGAGUACACAGAGGUCCCGCCUUACCUGCCACAGUCAGCCAAUAGGAGGCCUGACUAUGCCCCCGCAGGUGAGGAAGAGGAGGAGCUUCAUGGUAAACUGGAAGAAGAUCGUUUUCUCUUCUCAUUAGAAAACGACUCGGCAGCUUGUGACGUCCUCGACCUGCGUGAAGUUCUGUCUGUCUUCCUCAAAGAUGGACCAGCUCAUGAGUUUGAGAUGGUGACAUUGAGUGAUAAGCUGAUCUGUGCUGCUGACAACCAGGAGGAGCUGCUGAGUCACCUGGUUCAUAUACUGAAGGUGAUUCUCCCGGGGGGGGUGACAUACGCAGAGGUGGGCGGGGCCUCUGCUGUCAGUAAAGUGUUUGUCAUUGACGUGGACGGAGCUUCAAGUCAUUCUGACGCCUGGUUGUUACUCUGGGAGGAUGGCGUCAACGUUCAUCCCAUCCAGAGACAGACGCAACAGACUCUGAGGAUGGAACUGAGCGCGCUCAGUCACCAUGAGAUGGAUCUAUCUGAAAACACCAUCACCAUGGUGACUGCAGACAGGAGGGUUUCGUUCCGUUUCGAGGACCAGCACAGUUGUCAGUCCUGGUUCAACCACUUACAAAGAACUCUGACCAAUCAGAGAGCGGCUCCACAGUUUCCUCCGGCAGCCAAUCACAACUCAGCUCAUCAGUCUCUGUACCCGGUCAUGGACGUGGGGUCGAGGGGUUCAGUUCCACCGGCCAUCGAGCGCUGCAUCUCCCACAUCACAACCUACGGUCUGAAGGUAGAGGGCGUGUACCGCCGCUGUGGUGUUGCUGUCAAAGUCGCUCGAUUGGUGGAGGCCCUGAUGGCAUCACCUAGCUCCGCCCCUCUGGAAAAUGACGAGCAGGGUGUGUUGGAUGCUGGCUCCGCCCUCAAACAAUAUGUCCGCCAGCAGGAGGGUUUAAUCCCCGAGAGAGACCGACUGCAGUGGCUGCACGCUGCAGUGAUUUCAGAAGAACGCUCCAGGUUUUCAGCCUACCGACGGUUGCUACGGCAACUUCCAGAUGACAACCGAGCAAUGCUGAAUGCGCUGUUUGGACACUUCUACAUGGUCCAGGUGUUCUCUCAGGUGAACAAGAUGUCAGCUCAGAAUCUGGCUCUGGUUCUGGUCCCGACUCUGUUUCAGACUCUGAACCAGGAUCUGCUCAGACUCACCAGAGAGUUCAUCAUCCACCACACACUGCUGUUUCUGACACCUGAGGGAGAGGAGAGAGAGGAGGAAGAGCAGAUCACUGUCUUCUGAAGAGGAGGAGGAGAAGAGGAAGAGGUGACAGCUCUGAACAUUUUAGUGUAUUUUCCUGCAGGUGUACUCAGGUGAAGUUCAUAUGAAGUUGACUCAUGAACACUGUUUUGUCUCUGUAUCUUUUAUUUGAUGGGAUAUUUUUUUUUUUGGGGGGGGGUCAGAUUGAUAUAUGUGUAACUUGUGAUUGUCACCAUGAUGAAACAUUUACUGUUAAAGGUCUGAACUAAACAUCAUGUUUUUACAGUGUGUCUCUGUCUUGUCCUGCAGUGAGACGAUGGAGACAGUUUUAGAAAAGGGUUUUUACUCUUUAUGUAAAAAUAAAUCAGAGUUUAGAUUUUCCUCACACAGAAAUGGAGGCCAACAAUAAUGUGAAAUUAUUGAAAUAUUGUUAAGAGUUUGGGGAUUAAAUGGUGUUUUUUUUCUUUUAAAUGUUGUGAGCAGCUGUUGCACUAUAAUCAUUAAAAAAGAUUUGCAUCAUGA